AUGUCAGAACCGGUCAGAUGGUUCAGAGGUUCAGAAGGGUCAGAACAUCUGUGGCCUUCAAUGUUCAAUACGCCUCGGAUUUUAACACGUGACGUUACUACAGUCUAGAUCGUCUAGAUAUUCACUCAAUAUGGAUAUUUUUGUAUUUCUAGUGCUUAGUGGGGUUGUUUUUCUGCUUUUUUAUGUACUGGCACUGUUGUUUGUUGACUGUGACUUCGCUCUGGCUUGGGCUGAGAAGUUCGGGAAACCCAUUGAUUGCCUGGCAGGCAAAGUUGUGUGGAUCACUGGAGCCUCUAGUGGGAUUGGAGAGCACAUAUCUCUUGCAUUGGCACGUGCAGGAGUAAAACUUGUUCUGUCAGCUCGAAGAGAACAUGAACUGGAGAGAGUCAAGCAGAACUGUCUCAAAAUUGGGAAGAAUCUCACAGAGGAAGACAUUUUAAUUUUGCCAAUGGACAUGACGGCAGUGGAGAACCACAGUGAAUGCUUCCACCAAGUCAUCAGUCAUUUUGGACAGUUGGACAUUCUAGUUAACAAUGCUGGUCGAUCGCAGAGAGCCAACUGGGAAGACAUUGAUCUGGCUGUCGACAAGGAGAUGUUUGACCUCAAUGUGUUUGGGGUGUUGUCUCUGUCUCGUAUAGCAGUGAAGUACUUCAUGAAGAUGAAAGUAGGACACAUUGUUGUAACAUCAAGUCUUGUUGGUGUGAAUGCAACACCAUUCCCUUUCUCUGCCAGUUACGCUGGUGCUAAGCAUGCACUUCAUGGUUAUUUCAAUGCGCUGCGCUCAGAAAAAAUACUGAGCAACAUAAAUGUAACACUGUUGUGCCCUGGACCAGUGUUCAGUAACUUCCUUGCAGAGAGCUUCACUGACAGACCUGGGGAGAAAUUUGGCAAGGCUGUGCAACCAACUGAUCGGCGCAUGUCCGUUGAACGAUGUGGGCACUUGUGUGCUGUGGCAAUUGCAAACAAGCUGAAUGAGGCAUGGAUAUCCCUGUUACCGUAUAUUCCUCUCUGUUACAUAUUUGUUUAUUAUCCAAACAUAGGAGAUCAUAUGAUGCGUCUUUUGGGUCCAAACUUCUUUCUCAAGAUACGGGACACACAAGUGAAAAUGGAAACCAAAACCGAAUAAAAAUAUACAGAUUAAUUAUGGCAUUUACUAAUAUGGUGGAAUUCCCAUCUAAUGUUCCUAAGUUUUCCCUCGUGUAAAGCUUAAUUUAAUGUUCCCAGAUCAAUAUUUUCAUUGUUAAAUUCUGUCCAUUUAAGAUUCUCCUCAUUUUAGUUUUGAAAUCCAGUGCUCCAUAAAGAAACUUUAAAUGGGGAUUUUAUUGUAUUUGCAUUACUUGGAUAAGGGAAAGAAUGAACAUAGUUGGUUCUGAUUCAAGUCAUCCACCUGUUGCUCCUUACAUCCCCUCCACUGACACCAGUAG